AUGACCUCCUUGACACUUAUUGGUGUUACCCACACACUCACUUCCAUUGUGUAUUAUGCAAACCUCUAUUUUUGCGUUAGAGAUCUUUACAGUUCGGGGUCGUAUGUUACCCCUUUUCUACUAUGCACCGUACUUGCACAAGCUGCUCGGUAUUCUACACGCCGAGACGCCACAGAAGUUGGGCAAACCUUUGCCACUCGAGCUUUACAGCUGCUGCCCAGUGAUAUCGACAAGGGCAGCUCCAUUCCUACUAUACAAGGUCUACUUAUACUAUCAGCACGAGAGUGCGCUUGCGGGCGCGUGUCCCAAGGCUGGUUGUAUUCUGGAACAGCCUUCAGAAUGAUGCGCGACCUUGGGAUAGAUGUUUCGCCCAAGAAGCUCGGACACUUGGCGAAGCAAUUCACUGACGAGGAGCUCGCUGUGCGUAAACAAGUCUUCUGGAGCUGCUAUACGUGGGAUAAGACUAUGGUGUAUGUCUGGGCCGAGCACCGGCCGUACACUAUUCUGUAG